AUAUCUAUUCAAUUUAGUUGUAGGGACAUGGUAGAAAUGGCACGCCAAUGAACAAAUUGUCUGCCGAAUCUUAUAGGUAGUAAAUGAAAUGAAAUAUGUAACCUUUUAUCGCCAGACGUUCAUAGUGCCGACAAAUAUAAACAUUCUCCACUUUUACUAACACGGUUCUGCUUCAUGACUAAUGAAUAGUUAUCAUUUAUCCCAGUUGAUAUAAUAAAGAGUUGCUUCCUGUAAAUAUAUCCAUUCAUAAAUUUUGAAUUAAUACAAGAAAAUCUUGGAAUCAUGGCUUCAAUGGAAAAAGCAGAUAAUUUUCAACAGAGGGCUAAGUUACUAGAAGAAAAUUUGGAAUACUUUCCUGACUUUCCGAAGGAGGGUAUUUUAUAUAGUGAAAUGUUCAAAAUAUUGAGAACGCCUGAACUUUUCUCGAUACUGCGAGAUCUGUUAAUAGAAAAAACGAAGGAAUUUGAACCAUCGCCCGACGUUAUUAUCGGAAUCGAUUCCAAGGGAUUUUUGUUCGGCCCUAUGGUUGCUCUGGAGUUGAAAAUUCCAUUCGUCCCAAUAAGAAAGAGAGGGAAAUUACCGGGUAAAGUCAAAUCGGCUUCUUAUGAACUGGAGUACGGAACUGAUGUGAUGGAAAUGCAGGAAGGAUCUAUAAAAAAGGGUCAAAAUGCAGUUUUGGUGGAUGACUGCCUUGCAACUGGCGGAACAUUGGAAUGUGCUAGCGAACUCGUCAAGGCCUCCGAAGGCAAUCUCGUCGGGUGCCUUGUGGUGACAGAAAAAUACCAACUUGACGGUUAUAGAAAACUACCUUGUCCAGUGAAAUGUUUGAUGAAAGUAAAAUAAUUCAUUUGGUUAGAAGCUGCGGCAUGCUGGCCCUAUACACGCUGUUACAAAAUGUAUUAUUGAUAUUUUGAAAUUAAAGGUAUUUCAUUGAUAAAUUUCAACCCAGUUUGUCCGUAAAAGUUUGUUGAACUUACUCAUCAUCAUAAGCAUAUCAUAUUUUGUUAAUGUGAACUUUUGUAUUAAUUUUUUUUUAUGAUAUGAAGUGUUAUCGCUCUACGUCUACAGUUUAUAUACCGUAUUACAAUUCUCAUUUGUAUCUACAUAUAUACAUAUUAAGUUGAUUAAUAAUUUUGUUAUCUGUGAUAAGUUUUUUUUGGAAUGACCCUUAUGUUUCAAAUACCGAAGUAAAAAUAUGUAUAAUCUAGAAAUAAAUUACUGUCGAGAA